GAAGCCAUCAACUUCGCCACCCCGCGAUGGAUCGAUUAUGGCAAAGUGGCGUCUCAGUGCAGCUGCGGGGAGGCCAGGGUCACCUUCUCCAUGGACGCCUUCGUGCGAAUCCUGCAGCCUGAGCGCUAUGAGCUGUGGAAGCGCGGGCAGGACCGGGCUGUUGUGGACCACACGGAGCCCACCUCGCCAGAAGAGGGGGAGCUCAGCGCCUGGAGGGUGGCCCAAGCUCCCCGGAGAGCCCUGCUGGGCCUGAGGCACCUCCCACCCCGCCGGGCCACGCGCACCCCUCGGCCUGUGGCCGCUAGUGGUGGGACUGGCCGUCGCACCCCAAUGUGCCUGGCCUCCCCACGCUCCUUGCCGGCCCAGAGUUCUUCCUCUGAUGCCCAGUCUGGGCUUGUCCCCGCCUGCACUUCCCAGGAGCCUGGCCCCACCCGACCACCGACCCCGAUUCCCUCUGCCGGAGAUGUUCAUCCCUCAAUGGGCAGAUGUGGUCCUGGUCGUCGUCCUCGGGAACAAGGGGCCCGGGGGCCCAGCAUCCAGGCCCGGGCCAAGAGGCGUCUCUCGGUGGGAACAACACACACAGCCCAGUACCCUGAGGCUCUGCCCCUCCCUAUGAAUGGACUCUUCAUGGUCAAUCCUGAACCACUGAGCCCCGGACACCAGUUUUAUGCUGAAGCUUCUGGGUGCUGUUGUGCCCCUGAUCUUCAACCCUUAGGGCCUCCAUUGGAUCCUGAGAAUGCGAUGCACCCUGGCCCUUGUCUGCUAUCCCUGGACAACAUCACAAUCAACUUCUCUGACAAUGUCCCACUGACUUGCCCCAAUGUCACUGGGACUCAGAGAAGAUUCCCCAAGGACUCUGAUGGGGAUUUCAAGGCCCCUGUGAACCUCUCUGAGGUUGUAAUGAUGGACCACACUUAUGCCUUUAUGAAUCUGACCCCAGCUCCAGUUGCCAGACCUUCCUGCACCCCUGACUGUGAUCCUCUGGGUUCAAGUCUGAGGCAGUUGCCCUCUUUGAGCCCUCACCACCUAUGGAAGAUCUCCAGCCUUUGA